AUAUUUCUCUACUCAGCCUCUGCGUGUGUAUGCGUUGUUGUUCCCAGAGGAGGUCCGUGUUUGGUUCGAAAAACCUUCUCUUUCCUCCUCUCGGAACUCACUCUCUCUCCUCUUUCUCUCUCUACCAUGGCCACCGCCGAUGCCUUCUCCGACAAGAACACCGUCUUCAGAAAGCUUAGAGCUAAGUCCGACAACAAGAUGUGUUUUGAUUGCAAUGCAAAGAAUCCAACCUGGGCCUCUGUUACGUACGGGAUCUUCUUGUGCAUCGAUUGUUCGGCUGUUCAUCGCAGUCUCGGUGUUCACAUCAGCUUUGUUAGGUCUACUAAUUUAGACUCAUGGACUCCGGAGCAGUUGAAGAUGAUGAGCUUUGGGGGAAACAACCGUGCUCAGGUUUUCUUCAAGCAGCACGGAUGGACUGAUGGAGGCAAGAUUGAGGCCAAGUAUACCUCAAGAGCUGCUGAACUAUAUAGACAACUACUUACCAAAGAAGUUGCUAAAAGUUCUGCAGAAGAGGUAGGUUUACCGUCGUCACCAGCUGCUUCUCAGUCUGCACAAGUCUCUAAUGGUUUUCCUGACAUCAAGAUCAGUGAAUCUCCAAAAGUAGUUUCCUCUGAAAAGAAAGAAUCCUCUGAUAUCCCAGCUUCACCUAAAGUUUCUCAUACAAUUGUUACCACUUCUGUUAAGAAGUCUCUUGGUGCAAAGAAAACUGGAAAGACUGGGGGGCUUGGUGCUCGAAAGCUUACUGCUAAGGCGAGUGAGAAUCUCUAUGAUCAGAAGCCUGAAGAACCACCUGUGCAAGUUUCCACCUCUACUAAUAGCACCCCAACUGCUGGUUCAUCUUUAACAUCACGUUUUGAGUAUGUAGAUAAUUUCCAAUCUGAUUCAGUGAGUUCUGGAGGCACACAUGUGAUUAGCCAUGUAGCCCCGCCAAAAGCAUCGAGUUUCUUUGCAGAUUUUGGAAUGGACAGUGGGUUUUCAAAGAAAACUGGCUCCAAUUCGUCCAAAGUUCAAAUUGAGGAAACCGAUGAAGCGAGGAAGAAGUUCUCUAAUGCAAAAUCUAUUUCGUCAGCCCAAUAUUUUGGGGAUCCAAACAAAGCUACUGAUGGUCAAGUGUCCUUGCAGAAGUUCUCUGGUUCAACAGCCAUCUCUAGUGCCGAUCUCUUUGGUGACAAUAUGGAUAAUUCUGCACUUGAUCUCACUGCAAGCGACCUCCUCAAUCGACUAUCCUUCCAGGCGCAACAAGAUAUCUCCUCUCUUAAAAAUAUAGCGGGAGAGACUGGGAAGAAACUUAGUUCCCUGGCAUCCACUCUAAUGACAGAUCUUCAGGACAGAAUCCUCUGAUGAAUUGCCGUGCGUUUUGUGGUCAAAAUUAUCUCUCAAGAGUUUGUUACAAUAGCAACCGAUACUAUAUAUCUUCUAGUUGAUGUAAAAAAGAGCUUAUGAAAUUCUUUGAAAAGACAAAAAUAAGAUUUUAAAAAUUGAGCCAGCUUAUGAUAAGCUGGUGUUAUUUUUAUUUUGUAGCCAGGAAUUGUUUUACUACUUGUUUUUUGUAUGCUUUUGUUUUUUAAUUUAAGGAAUGCCAAUGUUUGUUGAUUCGGCCUUGUGGACCA